AUGAAAAUAGCUUCAAAUAUUUUGUCUAGAACGAAGACACUACUCUACCUUACUUAACGAAGGGCAGCAAACAACAUAGCUAGACCCUCAGCAAUGAUGAAAGAUGAAGACUUCUUGCCUGAAAUAGAGGAUAAAGAGAUCGAAUUUCAGACAAAGUUUGAUUCAUCACUUUAGAUCAUAAAAAAGCCUGACAAUAUGCUUAAACAUCAGGAAGAAUUCGGUGGAAUACUUUAUAAAUAUGAUUUGCCAGUUGAAAACAGGCCAAUAGUAUUUAAAUCUUAGCAAAUAUAAGUAGCUGAAGAACCUAAUACUGCCACAGAGAACCUUUUGGAUUUGCUAGAGGUCGACAAGGACACUGCAUAUGAGAGCUUUAUCAUCAAAAUGAAUCAAACCUUUAAUAAUGAAAUUGAUAUGUAUGGCAACAUCAAGUAGGCUGGUGAUAGUGAUCUUAAGGUGCUCGAGUUUGGUGUGCCUAUUCCAUUUGAGACUCUUAAUAAUGAGAUAACAAUGAAAACAUUCAGAAGUUUGUUCAGGUAUAAUCCUGAUAUCCCAGGAGCAAUUGAACUAGUUCAUCCAAAUAAAUUCCUUCCAAGUAAGUUUCCAAAUUUAAAUCUAAUUCAAAUUAAAGACUUGAGACCUGUUGAAGAUUUCAGACACACUCCUUUAAUUCCUAUAAGUGAGAGGGAUCUUGCAUUGAACAAAAGAAAAAUUGAAGAAGCCAAUAGAAAAGGCUACUAUGUGGAGAUUAAGAAGGACACACUUUACUUCUACAGAUAUGCGUUCUUAAUGAUGAAUGAGAAAUAAAUGAAGAUUAAGCAUGAUAUUGAUAGAACUAGAAUGCUUAGGCAAAAAGCAAAUGCUGGAAGCAGAGGAGGUAACAUCACUGCUGAGAGAGCAGUUGAAGAUCUCACUAAAGGUCGUACUAUAAUGUGA